AUGAAGUACUUGUGUGGGGACUUAAAGAGAAAUCCCUCAGACAGAUUUGAAACUCCAAACUCCUACCGUGUCUUGAAAAUGAUAGUCGGAUAAACGAAGGGAAAGGGGGACCACUUAGCCCCCCGUCAUCAGGCUUUUAGUAGCGGCGGUGGCGGCAGACAGUUCGGUUUGUAAAAACAGAAGAGCGACAAUUCUCUACUUAAUGUUAAACAGGAAACCGAAAGCAAUCUGUAGCCCUGUGGUGAGUUCGAAGGAACCUGCUCUUUAUCAGGGCUGGAAAAAGCCAGCAGACGGUUCAUCUAUUUGCUUAAGAUGAUAAUGUCUUCCUGAAAACCUGAGCCCAAACCUGACCUCUGGAAUGAAGCAGGGUCUGCAGCAUCAGGUUUCAAGGCAACCUGUCCACUCCAGGACCAAUGGCCACUUAGAAGCAAACUGUAGAGCUCUCCAAGAGUGGCGCGGUCACUCAUCCAACAUGAGCCUUCACGUAAAUGGGUCCAGUCAUGCCUGCCAGUAAGAAGCCGGAGAGCUCAGGAAUCAGUGUGUCCAGUGGACUGAGUCCCUGUUACCGGGGCAGCGGAUUCUCCAAGGCCCUCCAGGAAGAUGAUGACCUGGACUUCCCUCUGCCUGACAUAAGAUUAGAGGAGGGGACCAUGGAAGAUGAAGAGCUGACCAAUCUGAACUGGCUGCAUGAGAGCAAGAACUUGCUGAAGAGCUUUGGGGAGUCGGUCCUCAGGAGUGUCAGCCCCGUCCAGGACCUGGAUGAUGACACUCCCCCCUCCCCCGCCCACUCGGACAUGCCCUAUGAUGCCAGGCAGAACCCCAACUGCAAGCCCCCUUACUCCUUUAGCUGCCUCAUAUUUAUGGCCAUCGAGGACUCUCCGACCAAGCGCCUGCCAGUGAAGGAUAUCUACAACUGGAUCUUGGAACAUUUCCCGUAUUUUGCGAACGCACCUACUGGGUGGAAAAACUCAGUGAGACAUAAUUUGUCGUUGAAUAAGUGUUUCAAGAAAGUGGACAAAGAGAGGAGUCAGAGUAUUGGGAAAGGGUCAUUGUGGUGCAUAGACCCAGAGUAUAGACAAAACCUAAUUCAGGCUUUGAAAAAGACACCCUACCACCCACCUCCCACCCCUCAGGCUUAUCAAAGCACAUCAGGUCCACCCAUCUGGCCAGGCAGUACCUUCUUCAAGAGAAACGGAGCCCUUCUGCAAGAUCCUGACAUUGAUGCUGCCAGUGCCAUGAUGCUUUUGAAUUCUCCCCCUGAGAUACAAGCAGGUUUCUCUCCGGGAGUGAUACAAAACGGAGCGAGGGUUCUGAGCCGAGGGCUGUUUCCUGGCGUCCGCCCACUGCCGAUCACUCCCAUUGGGAUGACUGCGGCCAUAAGGAAUAGCAUCACCAGUUGCCGGAUGCGGACUGAGAGUGAGCCGCCGUGUGGCUCCCCGGUGGUCAGUGGCGAUCCCAAGGAGGAUCACAACUACAGUAGUGCCAAGUCCUCCAAUGCUCGAAGCACCUCUCCCGCCAGCGACUCCAUCUCCUCUUCCUCUUCCUCGGCUGACGACCACUAUGAGUUUGCCACCAAGGGGAGCCAGGAGGGCAGUGAGGGAAGCUUCCAGAGCCACGAGAGCCACAGCGAGACAGAGGAGGAUGACAGGAAGCCCAGCCAGAAGGAGGCCAAGGAUGCCCUGGGGGACAGCGGGUACGCAUCCCAGCACAAGAAGCGGCAGCACUUCGCCAAGGCCAGGAAGGUCCCCAGCGACACACUGCCCCUCAAAAAGAGACGCACAGAAAAACCCCCCGAGAGUGACGAUGAGGAGAUGAAAGAGGCCGCCGGCUCCCUCCUGCACUUGGCUGGGAUCCGGUCCUGUUUGAACAACAUCACCAAUCGGACGGCCAAGGGGCAAAAAGAACAAAAGGAAACCACAAAAAAUUGAAACAAGUCUCUGAUUUGUUUUGAACUUAUGGCCAUUUGGUUUCAGCAGGUCAGGAGAUUUCUAAUGAUUUGUGGCAAUAUCAGCAAUUUUUUCUUUUUUUUUUUUUUCCUUUUGUUGGUUUGGUUUUCUUUCUUUUCUUUUUCUUUUUAAUUUGCCCCCCACUCCUUUGUUUUUGGACCCUUAAGAAUUUUAUGUUUAAAGGAGAUUGAAGCCAUAGAACUCAUGUUGACACUCAGCCGUUUUACAAAAGCUUUUCUUUAUCUGAAGACAAAAACCGAAAGAAAAAAAAAAGCCAAAAUUAACCAUUGCUUCCUGCAGCCUGUCAGACACCUGUGACUGAACCCACAGGGAUGUCAGCAUUAAUGUCACAGGAAUACUCCUGCGCCACCCAGGAGGCACGCAUGCAGAAUCAUCACGCUCAGGCCAACCCUUAGGUUUAAAAAGUCAAUUUUGUUUGGAGUGAAACUGGGGAGCAAUCGCAGAGACUGAGGAGCCCCGUGUCCCCCUCGGAACAGCAUCCUCUAAGGGUAACACUGUGCUCUGGCCCUGGCAUACCAAUGUGCCAGAAAUGCCAAUGGCAUUGCCAGAUAGCAAGCCCAAGGCUGCCAGUCUUCGGUACUUCUUAAGCUUGAACCUGGUACCGUCUCACAAGUUGACUACCAGACUGUUCAGUACAUCCGGCCUCAGUGUCUAAUGGGGAGAGACAGGGAAAAUUCUUAGAGCCAUUGCUAGCCACUGAAUUCUGCUCUCUGUUCAAUUAAGAAGACUUCCAAAAGCCAUAAGCCUGAAGGUUGGCCCUGUGUGCGCCUGCGCAUACACACACACAUAUAUGCACACACACACACGCACACACGAGACUUAAAGCUGAUGCAGAAAACAGGCUAUAUCCUUUUAACUGCCCAAGUGAAAGCAAUCAUGCCCAAAACAUGACAGCAGCUGUUAAGGAAAAAUGGUACAGAUUCUUUCCCAUUCAAACAAUCUGAUCCAAGUUUGGGGGUGGGGGGGUGCUACAAAAACUGCCGUUCAUAUUGUGAUGUCUUUUUAAGAGGUUAAAGGCGCACUGAUGGACAUGAAAAGCAAAAACAUGGUAAUCAAUACAACUCCUAUACAGCCCUCAAAAAGGGUUUGCAAUUAAUGCCAGAACUCAUUCUUUGCAAAAAUAAAAAAAUAAAAUCAGUGGUUUUCACAUUCAGCCAGUGUAGCCAGCAGAAAUUUCUGAUCCACGAUGCAUGGAUUCCUUUGAAGAAAAAACAAAAGAAAAGAAAAUUUAAAAAAAAAAUCACAAAAAUAAACUUUUUUUUAUUCAAAAAUAACAAAGUUCUUGUAAGGUAAAUAAUGUAUUUAGCAUGAAGCAUGAAUUAUUUUCAUAUAAAUAUAGAAAAUAGAGAGAAGGCUAUGCCUCUAAUUUUUAAGCCCUUAGGCUUAGAGGUUCUUUUGUUCUUUUUUUCCUUUCUUUUUUUUUUCUUUUCCUUUUUUUCUCCUUUUUCUUUUUGUUGUUGUUGUUAUUUUGUUUUGGUUUUUUGAAGCAGGUGUUUAAGGUUUAACCUUCUUCAGGGACAAAACUCUGACUGUUGGGGAACUUACUCUGCAAUAUAAAUUAUCUCCGUACUCUGGUAGGGCUUGGUUGGUUGAGCUCUAUACUGCCUUGUCCGCACUCAGCCCCGACCCCUCUGAUUCUCUACUGAAGAGUGUGUCCUUCCCUUUGUCUGUAUGUGUUUAACAUGACGCAAUAAUUCGAGGGCAAACUUAGUAGUGUGUAUGAUAGAGUCAAGAGAAUUAUGGGACGCUUACUUGAGAAAAAUCAUGACCGUGAUUUGGUUCUAGGAAAAAGGCAGUGAAUAAUUAUGCAAAUUCGCCAGAAGAAGGGGAAACAUGCUAAUGGGCCUUAUUGGGUGAGGGUAAGAGAUAGGGUGCAUGGGUAGGAGGAAGUAAGUGAUUAUGGGCUUGGAUGGGCCAGCCCUGCGUGUUUUGCUGCGACUGUGAGGUUUCGCAGUGAGAAGGGGGCUGGCUGUCGCUGCCUCUUCAGCUGUAGUCGCCCUGGGACUAAGACCACCAAGAUAGUGAGAGCUGAAUGACAACCAGACCAUGUCACACAAGCCAGAAACUCCAGUUACCUUUGCCAAAAAAAGGAAACCUGUUUUUCCUUGAGGUCUAAAGAGAAAUCCCUAAAACAAUAUGGCCUUCCACCCAAACGGAGGGAACUUGAAAAACACUACCAUGGCUCAGGGUCAGAUGUUUGGGAGAGGGAGAAAACUGAGGUAACCUUGGACUUUUGAAACAGGACAGGAGUGGGCCUUUAAAGUUAUGUCCGCCUGUCAGAACCAGGUACCUUGGCAACCGCAUCCGCCUGGAAGGAAGGAGGUUCUCUGCUGCCUCCCCCUACCUAACCUGAAGGCAGCUCCAGAGAGAACAGGAGUUGGGGGCUCCCACUUGGGGGCGGGCGAGAUUUACUCAGACCUGUCCCUGAACAUGACCCCUCAAGGGGGUUCCAGAUUAGAUGAGAGCACAGGUGUGUUUUCCCAGUGCCCUGAUCUCUCUCCCCCACAAACCUCUGACACCCUACAAGCCAUCCGUGGCUCUGGAACCUGAGUCACGCUUUGAUUUCUGUUGUUACCUAACCAAGUCCAAAAGACCAUCCUCCCCACCCCCAAAAGCGGUGAGACUCAGACCUCUACUGAAGGCGAAGGUAAGCGCUCGGCACUGUUUCUGGCAGGGGACUUCUUCCGAUGAAAACCCCACGUGGGCUGUCUCCCCUCGUUUCACUUUUCCGAAGGGGCAGAGGCCUCUUUCAGAGAUAACAAGAUGCAGUGUGUGUGUGAUUUACUUUUCUGAUCUCCCAGAGAUCUAGAAAACUAUCUUAUACAAGUGCGUUCUGAACCCCAGAACCACUCUUUUUGCAUAAAUACCUCAUCGGGCAGCUUUCUAAGUGUUAUUUUCCUGAGCCUCCCUUGGCGCCUUUGUUGGAAUUUUCUGGAAGACUUGUUGGGGAAACUUUAGUAAGGGUACUUUUUCUAUUUUCCUUCUGUUUUGGGAGGCAUACACAUUAUGCAUAACCAAAACAAUGGCUCAAUUGUGUUUAACUCUGUAUUUUGACUGUUGAGGCGAAAACAAAGUUAUCAAUGUGUAUGUGGACGUUUGUAGCGAAGUCUGCCGACUGAGGCUGUCCGUGUCCUUAACAAGCCAAGGGGCAGGAGGCACCCUCUCUUUCCCCUCCCCCAAGAGCAGUAGAGAAUUUAAGCACAAGCUUAUUUGUGAAAGAAUAUUUUGCUUAAGUGUAAUUCACUUUAGUCUUGGACUUUCUUCCCAAACGUCAGGUGUUCUUUUAGCUUUCACACUAGCCUGUGUAUCCAUUAGUCUGACAGAUCGCCUGAGCAUCGUUCAAGGGGUGUGGUGUUCUUUCUUUGUGGUUCAUGUGUCAUUCCAGGGUCUCAUGUACUCACAUGGGGCAGGGGGGAGGGGGAAACGGGGAACUAUAGCAAUAUUUACAGAUGCUUUGGAAACAACAGUGACCACAUCAGCACCAUGGCAUUACAACCACUGGCUGUUGGCCCUCGGACACAUUUAAGAGGAGAGACAGUGGCUUUCUUUCCUUAGGUGAAAUACGCACCAACCUUUUAUCCUCUCUUGGUUGUCUUUCUUCUUUCUCUAGGACUUUGUGGAAAGGGUUUGCAUCGUAGAUUUUCUUUCUGGUUUAUCACAAGCGCCCACUUCCCUCCCCCUCUCCAGUCAGGAUAUUUCUCAAGAGUUCUUUUUGGUAAGGCUGGCUCUCUGAAACUAAAGCUGAACCAAACCCACAUGUGUAAGGAAACUGUGGUCAGGACACCUGAAGCAGGUCUCUCUCUUUGCCUGGGUCUUCAAGGAAGAAUGGGUUGACACCCUUUCCUAAGAAUGGGUUUUUCCUGUAGAGUCAUUCAGCAUGUCUAGCGCUUUCUGUUCAUAGCAGUUCCUAUCACGGAACAUUCUAGAAGGAGUAUUGCAUUCAUUGGUGCCCAGGCAAGAGAGAAUGGCUUUGGUGCCCAGCCUAAGAAUUUAACACAGCAGGCCCAUGCUCAGCACCCCAAGUCACCAAUUUGGGUUUCAGUGGUGCCACUCUGGGACCUCUAGCCUCUUGGGGAGGAGUGGGGGUGGCUAUGACAUGAUGCCAGAGUUAGGGACAAAUGACCCACAUGGGACGUUUUCCCAUAUAUAGGGUUAGACUAAAUUCAGGGUGAUUCCUCUUCCCCUCUCAAACCUUAUUCACGUUGGGACUCAUUUCUUUCUGGUGGAUCACAGCUGCCCAGAUGUUGCAACUGAUUUCUUUGUUUCUAUGAAGAAAUCCUUUUCUUUCGUCUUGAGAAGGUUUUUUAUUUUUAGUAUUAUUUUUUGCCACCAAAAGAAAACAUUGGAGCAUAUGUCCCCUCUUGAUUGUGACUUGCCAGUGUUGACAGUUCAGUCCUUCGUGUUGUAGGUCCCAGCCCACCAGUACUAUAUCAAACACUGUUAGGCACAUGAUGCAGCACUGUGAUCUAAUUUAAAUAAUACUUUUUUAUUAUUUAUACUACUAUAUAUAAUAUACAUCAACACUUUUGCUAUAUAACCUACGUGAUAAACCCUUUUUAGUUACCUGUCAGACUAGACUUUGGUUUCUAUUGCAGUUAACAGUUACAGAAUUGUAAUGGUGUCUUCUUUUAUUUUUAUUUUUUCCUUUGUAAUGGAAUGUGUAAAUCAAAGUAUAUACAUUGUGUGGUGUUCCUGUUUCUUGGGAUGUCAUGAGGAGUUACACACGGCAUUCAGUGUUCUGUAUAGACCUGCCCACCUUUGUGAAUUCAUCUGUUAACCCUUCUUCGUUUGAGAGCGCGCCAGCCAUGGUGGCUAACUCCCAGCGUCCUCUCCCCUGCUGGCUGUUCUUGAAUUAAGCACAGACUUGUCCACUCGGUUGCUUUAUCAUGAAUAAUGGGUGUGACUUGGUCACUCUUCCACCCUUCAGCAAACAAGUGCUAGCUUCACUGACCAAAAAAAAAAAAUUAAGGAAGGAAAACACCAUUUUAAAAGCGAUCACCUUUUCAUGGCCGAAAUGGAUAUGUCUAUGGUGCUGCCCCGUGCUGUGGAGCUUCUGGAGUCAGACCGCUGAGGAAUGCUCAUUUCUGAUUUGCUGUGGGAUGCUCACAAAUACCCUUCCUGUCUUGUUAGUAUUGAAAUCAAGACUCUUUAUUUGAGAUCUCUACAGCAGUGUUUCUCCGCUGUGUCUCAUUUGCAAAAGCGGAGAACAUGCCUUCUCCACCCUUUUGCAAAUAAUCAGUGCUCCAUAUUGGAUUCUCAGAAGACUUCGAUAUGGUGAUCCUGUCAAACCUAGAAAUUGUUUUCUAUCUUGGCAUACCUGAUUCCCCCCCAUUUCCCCUGUUUUAGAGGAAACAGCACACUUUCUGUUUUGGAUGCAUUCAUCAUUUCUUGAGUGUGUGUGUUGAAGCCAUCCAAGGCCACAGCUGGCUCAGCCAGUCCCCCACUACCUGCACUGUCACGGUGAACGUGGGGAUGGAGAAAGCAUCGGUGUGUGUCUGAGAAAUGGCUACAUGGACAUUUUCUUAAUACUCUGAUUCUGUAGCAUUUCUGAGUUUUGUUUUAAUUUUACAGAAAACAAAACCACAGUGACAAAACAGCGAGAAGACCUAGAGGGUUGUGGCCGAAUCUUGGGGUCACCCCACCUUUCCAGGCCAACAGAUCUACAAGGCCAAAUUAAUUUAUAAGAGUAAUAAUUUCUUCAGAAGCCAAUUUCUUUUUUCUGUAUUUCUGUAUGAAACUGCCAAUAUCAUGAACAGAAGGGGAGAAUCUUAAAGGAGAAGGAAAAUGAUGUCCGUUGGGUGGUGCUUGCCUUUGCCUAAAGCAGCGGUGUAGAGAUGGCACCAUCAGCCGAGCUCGGGGGACUUGGUGUUGCUUGGGAGGGAUCCAUACAGCAUUUUGCGUUCUUCAUGUGUAAUCAUAUUGCCAAAGACAAACUACUUCAUCAUUUAUUGUAAAUAACACUUCCCCAGACCUACCAUAAAGUUUCUGUGAUGUAUUGUCUUCCAGUUGCAAUAAAAAUUACUGAGUUGCAUCAAUUGAA